UCGAAAAGACGACAACUAUCUACAAUUUUGAGAAGUUGCAGUGAACAAGUGGUAUCUUGGUCAAUUCUGAUCGAAAGUUUAGAACUUUUGGACGAUGUCUGAUUCAGAAGAUGAAGCUAGGGAUAGGGGAAAACAACUGAAAAUCGUCGUUGUUGGUGAUGGUGCGUCGGGAAAGACAUCUCUAGCAACACGUUACUCCCAGGAACAGUUUGGCAAGCAAUACCAACAGACUGUGGGUCUUGACUUCUUUCUCAAGAGAAUAUGCAUUGCUGACAACACUCAUGUUUCAUUACAAGUUUGGGACAUUGGCGGACAGACGCUUGGAGGAAAAAUGCUGGAAAACUAUUUAUAUGGAGCUCAUGGAGUGUUAUUGGUGUAUGAUAUCACUAAUUACAGCAGCUUUGAGAACGUCGAGGACUGGUAUCAGAAGCUCAGGGAUGUCUGCAAAGAUGCAGACAAGUUCCCCCAUGUUGCACUCGUGGGUAAUAAAGCCGACUUGGAGCAUAUGAGGACAGUGAAAGAUGAGAAACAUCAAAAGUUAUGUCAAGAGCACAACAUGUCCAGCCAUUUUGUCUCUGCGAAGACAGGUGAUUCGGUUAAUUUAUGUUUCCAGAAAAUAGCUGCAGAUAUCCUGGGUAUCAAACUGACAAAAGCUGAAAUCCAAAACAACACUCGAGUGGUCAAGGCUGAAGUACUGAAAGCCCGGGAAGACCCUGUACCGAGACCGAUGUCAUCUCACACGCGGAGUUCAAUGUGCUCUGUCAUGUGACGCUCAUCGAUGUGUUGGUAGACUUUUGAAAGCUAAGAAAACUGUGGUGACCAUCGUGUUCUUUGAUCCUUCGUUGCAUGAGGCAUCUUCACCAGAGGAGAGUGAUUGGCAAAGGCUUGCUGUCGUGUUGCUUGAUGAAAUGAAGCAUCCAGCCUUCACUAUUGGAUGUCCUUUUGUUAGACUGCAACCAAGGUCAUCAUGGAUACCGUCAUUGUUAUCUUCUCGUCAUCUUCUCGUCAUCAUUAACAUCAUCAUCAUCAUCAUCAUCAACUCAUCUUCAUCAUCACCAUCAUCAUCAACAUCAACAUCAACAUCAUC